AUGGCAACAAAGAUGAAACAAAAAUAUGAUAAAUAUUGGGGAGCUGUAGAUAAGAUGAACAAGUUAUUGUAUAUAGCUGCCGUGUUAGAUCCAAGGCUGAAGUUGCAGUUUAUUGGUUUCACACUGAAGUGGAUGUAUGAUGAUGAGAAAGCAGUUUCUGCUUUGACAGAAGACGUUGAGCUUGCUACUUACGAGUUAUAUGCUCAUUAUGAGAAUCAAAUGGAAGUAGGUGAAGGUUCAUCCUCCUCUCAAACAGAAUUAGAUGACGAUGGUGGGAAUGUGGAUUUAGUUGCCGAGUAUAUGAAGCAAUUGCAAAAAGAGAGAGGUGUAGUGAACAAAACUGAGUUGGAUAGGUAUUUGAAGGAGGAUGUUGAAAAAUCAAUGGAUCCCAAGUUUAAUGUGCUAGGAUGGUGGAAAGUAAACAGUCACAGGUUUCCAACUUUGUCUCGGAUGGCAAAGGAUGUCUUGGCUGUCCCUAUUUCUACAGUUUCAUCCGAAGCAGCUUUUAGCACUGGAGGUAGAGUGCUGAAUGAUUUUAGAAGCUCUUUGACUCCUAGGAUUGUUGAGGCUCUUAUUUGUACUCAGGAUUGGCUCCGAGCAGACUCUAGUCUGUGUCUAGUUGAAGAAGAUUCAGUGGAGAUUGUUAAUAUCGAUGAAGAGUUGAGCAUGGUGAUGAAGGCUAUUGGCAUCUCCGAUGUUCCACUUCCUCAUAUCAAUACUCCUCGUAUGAGUCCUAAUGUAGAGGCAAGCACAAACACAAAAGGUAGCAUAUGA